AUGAUGGAUGACAGUACCGGACAAACGUAUGUUAAAGUAUUAUUUUUUGCUAGUGCUCGUGAAAUUGCUGGUGUUAAAGAAUCUAAAAUAUUAAUCUCUAGACAUAUUAAUUCUACUGAAUUGCUGGAAAGAAUUGUUUCAAUAUUUGGAUUGGAAAGUAUACGCAGUAACGUUAUUCUCGCAGUUAACGAAGAAUUUAUUUCAAAUGAUGUCAAGCUUGAACUCUGUGACAGAGAUGAAGUCGCAAUCAUCCCACCGCUCAGUGGAGGUUCGUAUUUUUUUAUUUUUCGUAAUUAUGCUAAUGUGAAGGAGCCAAAAAAUAUAAUUAAACUCCAAAAAGAUAAGCUAGAGGUUGAUGAAAUUGUCAAGAGUGUUAUUUCACCAUCAUGUGGUGCAAUAUCGACGUUUAUUGGAACAACUCGUGAUAAUUUUGAGUCUAAAAAAGUUGUUAAACUUACGUAUGAAGCUUACGAGCCAAUGGCAGUUAAAGAAAUGACAAAUAUUUGCGAAAAAAUUCGAGCCAAGUGGGAUGUUAAGCAUAUCGCUAUUUUUCAUCGCUUGGGGGAAGUACCAGUGUGUGAGAGCAGUGUAGCCAUUGCUAUUUCUUCUCCUCAUCGUCGAGAAUCACUGCAAGCCGUUGAGUUUGCUAUUGAUACUCUGAAAUCAUCAGUUCCGAUUUGGAAAAAAGAGGUUUAUGACGACCAACAGUCGACCUGGAAGGAGAACAAAGAAUAUGAUAAGAUAGUAAUUCCCAAAAAAGAACCGCUAGAUUGUAUCCAAGAGCCUUUGGCGGAAGAUAAUGGUGUACUGUCUGAUGAGGAUGACUGCAAUAAAAAUGAGAUAAUUCCAGAUCAAAUCCAAGUUAAAGCUAGCGCUGAUGAACUCAAAAGAAGAAUUGAUUCUUUUAUUUCGAGGAAACGUCAACAUGUAAAUAGUGUAAAUGUUCAAGAAUUUUGCCAAUAUAGGUUUUUAAAUGAUCAAGUUGAGGAUUCGUGUGCCAGAGUUGAUGCUAUUUUAAUUCGUCGGAAAGAUUCUAAAAGUCACGUUAAAGUUCAUCGUGUGUAUAACCCGCAUGGACCACAGACAAACUUUUCGUCCUUCAAUGAAUCGAAUCAACAAAACACCAGCGGAAGCUCAGUAUUAGAUGAGAGGUUGUCGGAGUCUGAGAAAUUUCUUGGCAUCUCUAAACCCGUUCCUCGCGAUAUUUAUGAGCGUGUUAAAAAAAUAGAAGACAAAUUACUUUACUUGGAAAGUAUUUCACCUGAAUAUAGAAAUAUUUGCAUUCGACAACAAACAGACAAAGAUGCGGACGACGAUGAUAAGAAUAAUCCCUCAAACAAAAGGACGUUUUCAACUGCUGAGUUAGACACAAAAUUACUGGAACUCGAAAAUAGAUAUGCGAAAAAAUUGAAGUAAGAUCCAGUAAUUUAUUGUAA